AGGAAGUUCCAACACAGUCCACAUAGACGUUGGGCUUGGACGCUGAAUAUCUCUUUUAGGCUUUAUUCUUUCUAACAAAUUGAAAACAGUCACAUUUGAUCUGGUAGAGUAUCGUUUAUUGUGGAACUAAACAGCCUCGUGUCGACUGUUUGUGCUAGAAUGCGUCAUUGUCGCUUGCAUUAGCUGGCUAGCUAACAAGCUAACAGCUAGUUAAGGUUGUUUUGGUUAUUUUUGUAAGCGUUCCAUCAUAUUGACGGUGUCUAGAGUAGACUCGGCUUUAAUUGCCGAUAACGUACAUUGAAAGGCGUAUUUGUAAAGUUGACCAGGACACCAUUGUAUUUGUGUCUGAGUUUACAUAAUACAUAGUUAAUGUAAAUCGUGGGUAGUGUAGCAGCUAACGUCAAACGUCGGUCGCCUAGCUUUAGCUACCACUGUUAGGGAACGUCUGGUUUGUCCCUUUCCCCGAAGAGUGGACCUCUGGUGAGCUGCAAAGGCUCUCUCUGAACUGGACCCAAUGCGCGGGAUUAUGGGGACCCAGAGUAGUCCAGUGAAGAGUUACGAUUAUCUCCUGAAAUUCCUUUUGGUGGGAGAUAGCGAUGUUGGGAAGGGAGAAAUCUUGGAAAGUUUACAAGACGGAUCAGUGGAGUCUCCCUAUGCCUACAGCAGUGGCAUUGAUUACAAGACAACUACUAUCCUGCUUGAUGGCAAAAGAGUGAAAUUAGAGUUAUGGGACACAUCUGGGCAGGGCAGGUUCUGCACCAUCUUCAGGUCUUACUCUCGUGGAGCACAGGGGAUCUUGCUUGUGUAUGACAUCACUAACAAUUGGUCGUUUGAUGGCAUUGACCGCUGGAUACGAGAAAUUGACGAGCAUGCGCCAGGUGUGCCCAGGAUCCUGGUGGGGAAUCGUCUUCACCUGGCUUUCAAGCGGCAGGUGCCCACAGAGCAGGCCAGGGCCUACGCGGAGAAGAACAGCAUGACUUUCUUUGAGGUCAGCCCGCUGUGCAACUUCAACGUCAUCGAGUCCUUCACAGAACUUUCACGCAUUGUGCUGAUGAGGCACGGGAUGGAGAAGUUCUGGAGGCCCAACAGAGUCUUCAGCCUCCAGGACCUGUGCUGCCGUUCCAUCGUCUCCUGCACCCCCGUGUACCUCAUUGACAAGCUGCCCCUCCCCGUCGCCAUCAAGUCCCACCUCAAGUCUUUCUCCAUGGCCAACGGCAUGAACGCGGUCAUGAUGCACGGACGCUCGUACUCGGUGGCCAACAGUGCAUCGUCGGGCGCUAACGGCAGCGGUGGCGGUAGCAAAGCUAACGGUCUGAAACGCUCCAAGUCCUUCCGGCCUCCGCAGAGUCCUCCGAAGAGCUCGUCCUCUAAGGGGAACUGUAAGAUCUCAUAGUGAAGGAGAGGACUAGCGGUUAAAGUUAUAAAUGUGUUGUUGCUCCGAGAGGUCACGAAGGCCAUAAAGGAGCACGGAGAGCCACCAGCAGUCUUCACCAGGAACAGAUUUAGCUGUGAACUUUCAUUGUCCUUUGUGGACUUGCAUUGGUUUCUUUGGGACGUGCUGGGACGUCUUGUGGAUGUUCCGUUUACCCGUACUCCUGACUGAAAGAGGCUCGCUAUGAUCAAGUAAAACCAGAUUACCCCUGGGACCGACAGAUGUGAAUCUAGGGAGCACGGCUCACCUGUUUACACAUGAGUAGAGGGAUGUCAGCUAUCUUUUAUUAUGAAAAAGGAUCUAUCGUAUUUAAAGUUGUAAAUAAGCUGUAUGUGCUCGUUGUUUUGGUCUGUGAUGGUGAUUUGAUCCAGUUUAUGCUUGUUUUUGUCUUGAAUGUUUUGGGAGCCCUGCUUUCGGUGUUCAACUUAUUUGUGUUUCAUGGAAAACUCCUUUUUAAGGGUGCUUAUUUAAAAUCAGAUUUGUUUUUAAAUGAGGUUUGAAUUGAAUGUCAUGAGAAACUAGUUUACCAGACAGACUAAUACAGGAUUACAAAUAAAUAACGACACUGUCGUCUCGUUUUUACAGACUCCCUGUGGUGCCCCGUUUUAAUUCCAGCCCAAAUGAAUUCACCCUCCGUUCUCAUCGGGUUUGGACAUCUGUUGACUUUCUCAGGCCAUUUUCUUAAUCUAAUAUUCUUAGUUGCAGCUUUAUCACUUUAACUGGUUUCAGCAGCAUGAUCAUUUAUCAGAGUUUUCACUUUUUGGGGGAACUUCCAGAGAUUGAUGGUGCUGAUGAGGAAACCUUGAACAAACACAAACGUACAGAUGGAGCCUUUGGGAAGUGAUCUUGUGUCUUAGCAGUACAUUGUAAAUUCACCUUGGUCAGAGGAAUAUUUUUUAAUGGAUUGCUUUUUGGGGAUUUUUAUAUGCAAUGUAUUUAUGAAUGUAAAACAUUACUCUUCUGCUACUUUGCUGUGGCCGUGCGGUAACUAAGAAUCAGAGGUGGAAAGUUAUCGCAAUACUUUUAACACGUUUUGAGUAUUUGUACUGUAAUUUCAUUCCAACCCUCAUAAUGUGUACAAUAGGAGGGGUUAGAAUUGUUUACUGUGGAGAAACAGGAUGUCAGAUGACUACGGAAAGUCUUGGACUUUAAAUCAAAAAUAUUGUUUCUUUAAAUAAUCCGAACAAAACGCUUUUAUACUUUUAAAUUCUCAAUUUUCUUUCCACCUCUGAUUUAGCGUAUUAUACUUCCACUCCAACAUUCCUAGUGUCAUGGCUUAAUGUCUGAUACGCUCAUUGAGGGCAUACAAAAAAAUGUGGUGCAUGUUUUCUACUGGCGCUGUAUGGAAAUGUAAAGCACUAUAUGUAAACGUUUGGUAAUGACUGUUGCUAUCAGAACUGUGUGUUUGCAUACAAUUGUGACUCCAUUGAAAACAGACAACCACCUAAAUAAAGGGUAAAGAUAUUACUAAAA